AUUUCUUCACAUAGCAAGGUAAAUCAACCCUAGCAUUCCAAUAUGGGAGGGAUGUUGAUGGCGAUGUCCAGUUUUAUAGGUACAUUGUAUUUCAAUUUUGUUGGCGAUUUCCAGUCUCAUACACUUUUCAAUUUUGGUAGCGAUUUCAAUUUUGCUGUGGAAUUUUCAAUCUUGGCGACAAUCUCGAUUUGGUGGCAGUUUUUAAUUUCAUACCUUAAAAAUUUCAAUUUUGGUGUCCAUCUCCAAUUUUGGUGGUUUUCAAUUUUGUCGGCGACCUCAAUUUGGUACCUUGUUCAAUUGUUGCCUUCAAGACAAAUAUACCUCUCCUUGAGUUUUAAAGAAAAAUCGUACAGUAUUCCGAAGUCCGUGGUAUCGGUAAAUUGUAACAAUGACGGCCCGCCUCAGUAUUAACUAAAACUGACAUACGAAGAAAAAGAAGAAAUUGUAAUCUAAAAGACAGUAUUGCAUGAUGAGGUGCUAUGUGACCCGCAAGAGAUCAGGAAAGUUCUAGAGAAAAUUAAACAACCGAUUGUUUGUAUUCGCAAGUUACUCUCCAAGCAGAGGUUAGGCUCCGGCUGGGUUGUUUUAAACGAUUUUUAUGGGUUUUUAUUGGGCUUUCUAUUUUAGACUGAAAUCUUGAUAUCUCCUGGCUCUGGAAUGUCCUUGAAAUGCCGCGUGACUGUCGACGUCGCGCGUGUCGUUACGGGCUUUCUAUGAUGAUAGCUGACUUCGGAAGACACCAAGCAGAGCAUUGACAAUUUCUAAAAUUGAAAUCGCCAGACAAAUUGAAAUGGUCAACAAGGACUCCAGAUUUCUGACGUCUGUAGCGUUGCCAUGGAUACAAAACGCGAGGAGUGAGCGGAGUGCGGCACAUCGGGAAGACCACAAACUGUCGGCAAAGCGGAGAGACGACAACUUUUCUUUCUACGUUCCGAGAGCAAUGAGAACAAACAACCGUCGCCAGAUCUAUUGGUAAGUUUGUAAAUUUUACAUUGUUAUCAAGUGAACAUGUGUCUGAAUCUUAAAAUUUCAUUCACCAAAAAUGUCGUCAUGCUACAUUUAUUUCAAGAGACUUAACCUACUUUCAGACUGCUGGCCGUUUUCCGAGCUGUUCCUGUUGAGACGCAGCACCCCUGCCGCACAAGGCCGUGGUGGACAGGAGGGGCGACCUCCGUAGCCGGUUAGAACCCUUCCCACUCCCUACAAUAAUUUAUAGACUCCUGCUUGCCAGACUUAAGCAGACCUAGACGCAGGCGUCCUCCUAUUUUUCAAGCCCCACGUACAUGUAAUAGAACAUGGGACGAGGCCUACUGUGGGGAAAUAGGGUUUCUCCACCCACAAGGGGUCUGAUGUUCUGUAAAUGAAUGUGAAUAAAAUUAAAUAACUCUGCCCAUCCCACGAAGUUUGGUGACCGUGCGGUGGACAGAUUGGUAGGCAGCUACUAAGGUUUGACGUACUCUUCAAGCAGAGGUUAGGCUCCGGAUGUUUUUUUAAACGUUUUUUGGGGCGUUUUUAUCGGGAUUUCUAUUUUGUACUGAUUUCUUCAUGUCUCGCGCGGCCGAGAGUAGGUUUGAUGGUACCUGGAAGACCGGUCUUCUGCUUUCCAGACUACAUCGUUUCCAUCCUCCUUAAAAUUCGAUCCUCCUUAAGAUGUGUGAAUUGUUUUUAUUUUAAAUCAAAAGGAUACUAGUAUGACAAUAUGCCGCUAAUCAGAUUCAUGUUUUUUUAGAGGGGCGGUUGGCGAGAAACAAUCUUUAACGGGACGGCAGACGACUGUGGGCGGGGAAAGGGCGCUAUCUCACCGCAGACAGACUACGAGAAUCCGCAAGACCCUCCUUAUAAAACUCUCGAACAAGAGGUAAGGCUCCGGCUGUUUUUACGUGUUUUUAGAUGUUUUUGUCGGGGGUUCAAAAGCCUGCUCGCUAUAUGGUGUAAUAGCUCCUCAUCACGAAAUUAGAAAUUUCUCCCAAGUAGAUUUUCUGUCAUUUUAGGCAAUACAUUAUUGCAAAGUGGAAAAUGAUGAACUUCAUUCAUUUUUCAGUUGGUUGUCCGCCCUCCCAGACUAGAGGAUGACGAACCCUGCAGCAGACAGCGGCACAGACCGUUUAGACAGAACUUAGCUGUUAUAUAGUUUCAUAUCUAGCAUGUUAAAUGUAGUACAGCAGGUGGUAGUUGCUUUCACUAUCUUUGUGAGUUGUGCAAAUUUAGAGCCGGCAUGUUUUCUUGGGUGCAAGAACGCAGAAUCCUGGUCAUUCUGUUUUCCUAAUAGUAAACCGUACUAUGGGCCCAACGUUCAGAGAGGCACCUGUAUACUUUGCCCCACACAGCUACAGAAACAGACAGUACUAAAGAAUUCCUCCCAACCAACCUCAACGUGCCUCCCUAACAAGCGCCGUGUAGCCAUUCGGGGGUUCUCGUUUGGGAUUCUGUCAGUUCAGAAACUACGACCACCACAGCAGUCGGAGAUAUAUGACCUUUCUCUCGUUCAAUGUGGAAUCACAGAUUUGGAACAGGGUAUUUUGGCAGAGUUUCCUGUAUUGGAAUACUUGCAGCUCGACUUCAACAACUUAACUCAUGUCAAGAAAACCUGGUUUUACGGUUUGAAGUCUCCCGCGCUAUUCUGGACCCUGUCAUUGUCACACAACAAUAUCAGUGAUAUGGAUUCGAAAUGCUUCCAAAAACUCACUUCCCUGGACACAUUACUACUGGACAGUAACUCUUUGCAAAGUAUCCACCCAUCUUGGUUUCACGAUCUGAAACGGUUAGGCAGCCUUUCCUUGAAAUCAAAUCAUAUCGAAAGUAUCCCUCCACAUGCAUUUAAGUCACUGUCGCGGCUGUCACACCUGGACUUGAGCAGGAAUUUGUUAACAUGUUUGUCAAGGGAAACUGUAGAGGGGCUAGACGGCCUUCGCACGCUGUCACUGGGUGGGAAUAGGUUGUUUGGUCUCGAUGAUUCUGUCCAUUUGGUAAUGAACUGGUGGUUGGACUAUCGCCAUUUCUAUUAUACCGGCCACCGCUUUGCUGUAAGUGUUAACAAAGUGCUUUUCUGUAUCACUGAAAUUCCCCAACUGAGGCAAUUUUAUCAUGUCCAGAUGCAACAUGAUACCCUCACACAGGCAGCUCGGCCAAGUGUGGAACCGCUCAGUCAAUGCACUUCUCUAAACCUGGGGCUUACAAGCCAAAUGAAGUACAGCCUGCCACUGAUCAUCAUAUCAGUCAACACAGAAUCAGACAAACAUGCUAAAAACAUCGCCCACUUGUGCAAACAUGCUUGGGAAAAUGUCUCCCUUGUAAAGGUAGCGUUGCGGGGAGACAUUACUCUGCAGAUUGUUCCCAUGGGUAUAGACAGGUUCUGCAAUCCCCAAAUUGUUGCUAUAAUAGUCCUAUCAAAUAUCAUAUUUAAUGAAAACAAUACCAAGCCGUAUGCUGAUAGACACAGUAAUAAUGUCAGUGCCUUUGGUCCCGAAGAAAUGACGAAUGUAACAUGUUUGGUCAACACUUGGGAGGAGACCUACCAACACGUCUUCACCAUACCCUUGUCCAGCACUCCUGAUGGUACCGUGUGUGCAGAAAAGACCCAGGCCACAAGGACCGUGUCCAGCGCUCCUGAUGACACCGUGUGUCCGAGAGAGGCGAUGACUCUGACCACAAGAGAGCCUAAGAUAAAGACAACAAAGUUGACCAUAAAUCAGACAAACCCCAGAACAAAUGGAACUGUGGAGGAGAAAUCUCCACGUGUAGCGAUCAUCACAAUGGUAGUUGUAGUAGGGGUAGUGCAUGUAGCGCUGUUUGUGACGUAUAUCGUCAGAAGACAGCGCUCUUGCUCAUGUAUUUCACGUGAGCCGCCGCUGGGUGUCGCUGCUAUGGGACGUUGGGGUCUACCAGACAGCCAUUCAGUCACAGUCAACAACAGCCACGUUACGGGAGUCCAGGGCACAGCGACCGAUACACAUAGUACUUCAUCAUCAGCUGAUGAGCAUAGUUACGAAGUUGUUGAUGAAGACGACUACAACUACUACAACACAAGACCAGGGGCACGGCAUCCUUACUGGGAGAUACCAGAUGACCACUUUCACUACUACAACACAAGACCAGAGGCACAGCAUUCGUACGGGGAGAUCCCUGAUGAACACUACAACUACGAGAACACACGACCCCUAUCAUACCCUCUGACACUUCGGGUGCCUGAAGACGAUGAAGAUGACGCUGGGACUUUCUACGCCGCUGCAGCUGAGGUGGCCCUUCCUUCAUCAACCAGGCUGGGUGGUAAACAUCCAUCCUACGAUACAGCUCCUCGUGUGACUGAAUGCCCGGGGACGACAAAGACAAGACUGUAUGGAACAGCCCCUCGCAUCAGGACACACACACACAUACCUGCAUGUGAAAAGAAGAGAAACAUCGCAUCAUAUGGGAUGCUUACAGUAGGCAGGCACAAAGCCAGAGACUUGGCUUUGGUGGGUAAAUACGGCAGAAAACAGUGGUAUUCCAGGGAGCAGGGAGCCUUGUAUAAUAACCCCUUCGCAUGCGCAAGAAGACAGCAGACUAACGUAAAGUACCAAGUUGCACACAUACCCGAACACUUACAGAACAAAUACCAUCCAAACAUGUUACAUCAACAGGCCCUAAAUCUACCAACUACCAGAUCGAAAGAUGCAGUCCUGAAAUCGUGUGAGCAGAGCAAAAAUGUGCAAAUUCACAGGUCCAAAACCAUCAGCAUGAAUGUCAUGAAAAUGAAGAAGGGCACGCUUAUAGACAAGGCCAGAAGUCGUCGUCAAAGCGUUUAGGAACUUCCAGUUUGUGACACUGGUUGCUAGUAUUUUGCCUCCCCCCCCCUCCCCAUGGACUACGAUUUCAAAAUAUUGGUUAGAGGUACAAUUGGGUUAAACAGAAAAUCCGGGUCAUUGCUUCCUCCCUCCCUCCCUUGCUGAAGUAACACAGAACCAGCUAUAAGGACUGAAUGUAACGCCUUCACUCAAAGACCACAAUAAACGUUUUCAGCGCAGUACAUUCUAACAAGGCUUACAUUUGAAGUAUUCGUUUUGCGAUGCGCCGGACCGGCCGGGAUGCCAUUAACAUGCAUUUUGUUAAGAUGCAAGCAGACCUGCCUAUUUAACAAGACAACUGAAUUUUGCAGGGCACGUGCACGUUUACCAUAAGAACGUCCCUGGUUAACCGGUUCGCGAUCGUGCGACAAUCGUACGGGGUGUGGUGUGGGGGUGUAUGGCGCAACGGCAGAGUGUUUUGGCUAUAAACGUCCUGCGUUCAAGUCCGUUGAUAUACCACCAAUCUUGUGGUCUCUCCUCACUUACGCGGGCUCCUCGGACUAAGGGCACUACCGGCCGUACGUGCAAAUACGUGCUGUCUACGUGCCAAAACGUGGGCAAUCUUUUGGGAUUCGUAAGUGGUAAGUAACGCCUCCGUACGAACUCGUAGGGAAUCCGACGGAUUUUAAAGCACGCAGACACGCCGUAGAACGUUAAAUGUACGUGCAGGCAGAACUGUGUGCCAUUGGGCUGCAGAUUCGCCGCCCGACGUGCCAGUCGCAGGUCGCAAUAAAAGAUACAUGAAAUACAAUGAAUCUACAAUACACAAGAAUCGUAUUCUACUACGUGAGAGAACGUUAACCCACAACACUUAUCGAAAAGACUAGGGCUCAGCAGUAGGCGCAAUUACUGUCGUAUUGAGGUUACUUGAGUUAGUGCCGAAAGGUAGCCUGUGUUUACACAAGCUCUCGCUGGCUGGAGGGCGGCGACAAUCGUAGGGCCGGCCGCUAGGGGCGCGAUUUUAGUCAGGCUAUGCCGAAAGGCAGCCCAAACCCUUUUAUAUUAGCCCCGCCUAUUGUAAGCUCCUUGCAAUUCAGUCUCGAAUGGAGAUUAGUCAGCCCACCCAAUGAUAAUAGUAAUAAUGAUAAUAAUGUGCCCAGGUCCUUUAACACAACUGUCGCCGUGAAAUUGAUGAUUAUCUUGCACCCGGGACCUUCCCGGCUAUGUUUUAGAAUAUGGCCUUCUGCUGAAGAUAUGUUUAUCUAAUUACGCGAGGAUAUGUGCACAUAAUGAUUGUAACUGUGCAAAAAUGUGUUGGUCAUAGAAAAUCGUGUUGAAGUUAUGUUGAAAGUGUCAGUGGUUUGAAUGAUAUUGUUAUUCAUCGAUUAUGGAUAUGAGAUCUCCAUUUGUAUAAGUGCUAAGUUGCGAGAUGAGUCCAGUGCAAGUUUUAGAUGUAACUAGUUAUGUGAAACUUUCGUUGAUUCGAUGUCCCUGUAUACUAGUAUGUACUAUGGAUAUGUACAAGCUCUAAUGCGUAACCUGUAAUGUGUAUUUUCUCUAACUGCGUAAUAGGUCAACUACGUAAUAUGCAGUAUUUCUAGUAUGUGCUAUCUCUAAUAUGUAUCAUCUCCUAUAUCUAAUAUGUAGUACGUAAUAUGAUUUGUAAUACAUCUAAUGAAUCUAUGUUAUAUGUAACGAUAUUACCUUUAAUAUGCACUACUUCUUAUUUCUAAUAUGUACUAUCUCUAACAUACACUACGUGAUAUCUAUAAUAUGCACUAUCUCUAAUAUGAAAUAUGCAAAUAUCUAUGAUAUCUUGUAUUAUCAUCAUGUUAUGAGUCUAACAUUUUUCUUUUUCUCUAUAUAGUAUGUACGACCAUGUUGAUUUGAUUAUAUGGAUGGCAUUCUCUGCCAUGAGAAGAAUAAAAAAACUGAUGCGAGCGUGUGAAUUAAAAAAAAACGUUUGGUAGACAAAACGUUGUAUUCAGUGUGCAAUCUAAGUGGUCUGGAAUAUUUAAAAAAUGACAAUACACAUAGAGUAUACCGAAAAUAGAAUCUUCAUUGUCUGUUCUUUCACAUGACCUCGGAAUCUGCUUUGGCAUUCAACGGCAUUCCUGUCCGUUCCCGAUAUCUAUUUGCAAUCUACGACAUAUAUUUGCUCACUUUGUACAGUUUUCAAAACAAACACACAGUGUUACGAGCUCGAGGCUCUAACUAUCUUAUCUGCACCACUUUUAGUAUCCGCUAAGAGGCGCCGUUACACGGUUCUGAAAAAAGUCGUGCAACCGGUUAGAGGAGUGUGCAGGUAAAAGGUGAAAGUUCUAAUAGGCGGGGUCGCCAAGCUCGAAGGUGUCAACAGUGCGUGCUCGCUUAAAAUGUACGGAGUUUUGAGGCUGUUCUGGAGGAAAAUGCUUCGACUUGUCCUGUCGCUGUGCUUCCUCGGCAUGGUGCUAUGCACAGACCUUACGCAGACUCAGGGACACUAUAGUACAACUAUGGUGUAUGAUAUUUUCUAUCAAAACAACAACAACAACAACAACAAUGGCGAUGGUGACAACUCCACUAUGUCCGCCGUCCUGAGAAAACCACGCCAUUACUGUCAAUCUGGUGGCAGGUGUCCGCGUGACGGAAACCCCAAAUAUGACGAUGACGACCUUCCCUUCCGUACGGCUCGCUUCACAACCCUCGGGACCAGGGGACGCCUAGGCCCGACCACACUGGGCGACCACUACCGCGGACAGGACCACGAGGACAUGGUGUACUUACGGGACGGGGUCCAGGUCUUCACGGUGCCUGCUACGGGAGUUUACCUUCUUGAAGUCGCAGGUGCGGCAGCAGGUUGGGGGAAGGCUGACAACAAGACGACCAGAGGCAGAGGUGCGGUGAUUUGGGCUUCCCUUCAACUCAUCAAAGGCCGACUACUAAAGAUCCUAGUCGGGCAGGAAGGAGCCGAGACAAGGAAAGUCACGGUGUUGGAAGAAGGGGGGGGGAGGGGGUGGCAAUCACCAGGAGACCCAGAUCUCCCGGUGCGACGGGACGGGCUCUCACGAUGGGAACCCUGGGUACAGCCCAAGGGAGGGACAAGCUUCACUGGCGGGGUGAAGGGACACGGCGCGAAGGAGGGGGACAGGGACAAUGUCGGCGGCGGGGGAGGGGGUCUGCUCUCCCGAGGAGCGAGCUCUAAGUACUUCGGUGGAAAAGACGGAGCGUACGGCGGGGAAGGGGGCGAAUCGUACAUAAAAGGGUGUGUAGGAGGAAAACCGUAUGUGAAUGGUGCCGAAGGAGGAUUUGGCGGCGGAGGGGGUAGCUUUGGGAAUGGGGGAGGGGGUGGUGGGGGAGGGGGGUACUCCGGAGGGGGAAGGGGAGACAACUGGAGUGACGCAUGCGGGGGUGGCGGAGGGUCGUUUUCAGCUGGGAACGAGACGGUCGCAACAGACGGUGGGAACGACGGUCCAGGCUAUGUCGUCAUCACUAAGCUAUAA